AUGGAUGAGAAGGGAAAAAAAAAAGCACGGGCUCUCCCACGCCUCCCGAUUUCAGCCGGCGACCAACCCCGGCGACGCUCGAUCCGGUGCUGCGCCGGCCGCCGGCCGACCCCGGCGAGUGUUUGCCCCCUCUCCCGACCCACGCCUCUCUCUAGCGAAAUAGGAUUGGGCGCCGCAGCCGUUUAUCAGCUCCCCCACCUCCAUCCCGUCUCCUCUCCUACAUCGGCCACACCACCCCGCGCUCGUGGAGCGGAGUCGAGGAAGCACGACGCCGGCUGCGGUGGAGUGAGGAGAGCUCGUCCGAUCGUCUUCUCCCUCCAAGGCAGGAUCAGGCCCAACCUCCACGCCACCAGCUCCACCCCAUAUAUCUUUCCUUUCAGUUCACGACCACAACCACUGGACAAGGCUAAUCUUAUGAGGAAGGCGUCAAUAGCGAUCUCAUCAAUGGGUUGUCACCAGAGGGUAAAGAUAUUGAAUGUAUGGCACUUACCUUUUUUAUGUUGGAUGCGUGGCACUUGAUGUGAUGGAGUGACUCCUAGGUGCAGUGGUGUACAUGUUCCUCCACGGCAAGGGCCACCACAUCAUGGGCCUCCUGACCAAGGUUAUGUAUUUGUGUGUCACCAGGGCGAUCCCCACGUAACUGAUCUUAUUCCGUCCUAUAUGUAGCAUGGCCAGCUUGUGUUGAUUGAUUCAGUAAAACGGGUGUUGGUUAAUUUGUGUUUGUUUGUCCGUAGCCUUCUGAAUUCCACAACUGGAACGUGUACGGUUUGGGUGCAAAGAUGUACUUCAAUAUGUGAUUUGUUCUUUGAAAUUGAAUUCGAA